AUGAAUAGUCUAGUGUGCUCAGUAAUAUCACUUUCUUCGCUGUGGUUUCUGCAUAGUGUCAAAGGAAUUAUUGAUAAUGAAUUCAAAGCUUGCGAUUUUGUGCAGCCAAUAUUUUCCGAUCAGGAGUAUCCUAUUAAUAGUCCUAAUUAUCCUGCGAAUUAUCCACCAGGAACAAAAUGCCGAUGGAAAGCGAAAAGUGAUCAGCCAAUACAAAUAACCUGCAUGAUUUUCUCAAUACCCGAGAGUCCUAAUUGUCGUGAUGGAUAUCUCAGCAUUGAAACGUAUUCAAAACCAGUACAGCGUUUUUGCGGAGCGCGCAUGUUUAGCAUUGUUUCUGAAGAAAAUGAAAUUGAUGUAAGAUUAAUAAGCUCACCGGCAUCAGAAGGUGGAUAUUUUUUAUGUGCUGUAAAACAACUCAAUAAAGUUGUUGUUACGAAACCGGUGACCAAUGACUGUAGAUGUGGUUGGAAGAAUCCAACUAGAAUCGCCCACGGAAAUGAUACUGGUGUCAACGAAUACCCGAUGAUGGCAGAUAUUAAUACUUUUUCUAGUGAUAUUCGGUGUGGCGCAACAAUUAUCAAUAAUAAACAAGUCAUAACUGCAGCCCAUUGUGUCCACAACAAAGUUCCUCGAGAUAUCGGUGUUUUGGUAGGCGAACACAACUUAUCGAUAAGAAAUGAAACUAAAGCAACACAAUUAUUUCGUGCAAAAUCAUUUAUAAUCCAUGAAUUAUACAAUGAAGCGAAUCUGGAUUACGACAUUGCUUUGGUAAAUAUUGACGGUACUAUUACAUUUUCUCAACUAGUAGGCCCUGUUUGCCUACCAUUUAAACAUAAGCGCCAAGAUUUUGAAGGCAAGACUGUGGAGAUAUUAGGUUGGGGUAGUCUUGGUUCAGUUGAAAUGACAUCAAACAUACUACAAAAAGCUGAAGUAAAAGUAAUUUCCGCGAAAAAUUGUUCUGACGCAUAUCCAAACCGAAUCGGGUCCAGACAAAUUUGUACUUUAGAUGAGACAAAAGAUAGCUGCUCGAAUGAUAGUGGCGGCCCCGUGCUAUGGCGCAACCCUGAAACAAGAAGAAUAAUUCUAAUUGCCCUUAUUAUCUAUGGCAUGGCUUGUUCUACCGGAAGUCCGUCCGUGAAUACUGAUGUCAGUUAUUACGUUGAUUGGAUUGUAUCAAAAAAACCACCAGAAUGGCAAUAUUGUACAUUGGAAUAGUAAAAAUGAUUGAGUAACCACAACCUAUGCAUGUAAUCGUCUAGUGCUUCAACAACAAGAGAAAUAGUUGUGAUAAUUCAUUUUUUUUUUUAAUUUUAUUGGAUAAUUUACUCAGAAAUUUAUUUUUAUCUUAUUAAAUAAUGUAAAU